CUUAAUCAAGCUUAAAUUUUUAACCUCGAUGUAUACGUGAGUUGUUGCACAGCGUGUAAGGUCAACAGCUGCGUUAACAUUUCAUCAUCACAUAGCGCUCAUAUAAGUGAUGAAGUAUAACGGUUGUAUUAAAAUUCUUUACCUGCGAGACGUCUUUAAACGCUUGAAUAGUUUUAGCAGUCAGUAUUUAUAUAACUGCUAUCGCAAUCGUUGAUUAUCGUAUAAAAUUUAAAUAUCAAUACAUUUAAAACUUAACAUCGAUUUAAACUUACACGGUGUGUGUUAUUUUAUUUAGAUGUAAGAUAGCUCGUAAGAGAUAGUAGAUUAAAUAAAGUGCGAUAAGACAGACAUAUAAAACUUGGGAUGGUUUUAAAAGUGACAGCUUCCACACAAGUGAAUCGACAACAAAGCAUAUGUGCUCCACGAAAAUCAUGUUCCAAUAUUGGGAAGUAUUUGUCGUUACUGACAGUUAUGCUGCUAAUUGCAUCGAUAGUGGUAGGAACAAGUAAUCCCCAGGGAACAAAAACUACAACCGUUGUAUUUGUACAUCUCCUUAGUUUUGCUGCGCACUUUGGGGCACAAUGCUGGGUAACAUUUAUUGCAGGGUUUGCAAUGUUUUUCAGUUUGCCUAGAAUAAUGUUUGGUCAUCUACAAAGCAGGAUGUUUCCACUUUAUUUUGCGAUAACAUUGGUUUUGUCGUGUGUAACUUUAAUAACGUAUGUUAUACUACACCCCUACCCGACAAUGACGCCAUCUGAAACUAAACAGUUUAUCGGGCUUUGUGUUUGUGUGGCAUCAACUUUCAUCAACAGCUUUUUUCUAGCACCAGAAAUUGUCGAUGCUAUGAUCAGUGUAUUUGAUAUCGAGAAAUCGUCAGGAGUAGCUUAUGUAAUUGGAUAUUGUGAUAAAACUGAAUUGAAGAAAGAUCCAGAAUAUUCAGAACACUACAGGAGAUUUAGACUUAAUCACAGUAUAUCUGGUGUCGCUAACGUAAUAACUUUGAUGUGUAACAUUUUCUACGUGUAUCAAUUAGCGAUCAACAACGAGAAUGUCAGUUUUUAUAACCUCAACAUUGUGUAGGUGUAUUUUAUAUCGGCCCGCACGGUUGAUAAUAGAUGCUAUAUUCCUUAGAAUAAGAGAAUAGUUGAUCAAGACAUAGAGGAUAUUCAAUUUUUUUUCUCUAUAAAUACAGGAUUUAUUUUCAUCAAGUGGAAUGAAAAUAAAUAGUUCAUGAGUGGCGGUAUUAUAUAUAUUCAUAAAAAUAACUUGAAUUUCUAUUUAUUGCAUUCAAUUGUUUGACAUUGCAAUUUCAAAGAUUUCCCAUCGAAUUUUAUGUAUUGGCUGAAUUUAGAAAAGACAACAGUGAAAAUACAGAAAAUAUGUUUCACUGCAGUGAAUAUUUUUAUAGUGAAAAUACGCAAUUCAUUUCAUCAGUAUUCCUCAAUAUUUCAUUUUUAAGUAUAUAAUAAAUUAUUCUUUUGUUAGUCUAUUCUAGGUGCUAUAAUUUUUUUUAGUUUUAUUUAUUUGUAUUUGUAGCCAACUUUAUUUCUCCACUACCUAGUAGUUUCAGUGUAGUUAAUAUAUCAAGUCGUUAAUUAAGUUGUUACAAGAAGUCUUUGCCGACUCUUUCGGGGUAAUUAAAAUGUAUUUAUCAUAUGAUGAGAGCAUUUUGAUAGUGCCAUGUUGCAUGUGUUACAUUUUACUUUCUUUAUAAACUCUUUAUUAACAAAUACAGUGUGUUUUAUCUUUUUUUCUUCAAUGUAAUCCGGUAUGGCACGUUUGAUUAUUUAUAAAUGAGUUUUGCUAAUUAAAUAUUGCCAUAUAAGAUAUAGAUCUAUAAACGUUUUGUUACUUUUUUAUUGUCACAUUUCCUAAAUGGUUGAUGAUUUUUAUUAAUAAAAUUUACAUUAGUCUCAAUACAUUUAUACAUAUAGGAAAGAUUUAAGACAUGUAUCACAAAUUUAUCGGGGCCAUUCAUGAUGAUCAUUCGAUAAUGAUUUUCAAAAUCCAGUAUAGAUUUGGAUAAAAUAACGACAGUUGGACCAGUCAUCCAGGUGUUAAUUUGUAUUUUUGACAAUAUUCCAUGGCACCGUCAAGAUAUGAGACACAUGUUCUAAUAGACAUUGCUAGACUUGUAUGUUCAGUGGCCGUUCAUAGGUCGUAAUAUCUUUGAAUAUAAUACUCUAAUUACCAUUGCUUAAACUUAAACGUUAAACAUAUAUUAUCAUUGUAGUAAUUUGUGAUAUAUUUUACAUAUUUAUUGUUAUAAUUAUUUAGUAGCCUCCCUUUAUUCACUUAUGACUUUGGAUAUUUACAAUUAUAAACUACAUUUUUCAUAAUGUAUUUAUAUGGUUAUUGAUUUUCUUUCUGUAUUAUUAAUUAAUUUUGAACAUAAUAGUCAAUGCCAUAACUUGAAUGGAUAAUAGAUAGAUAAAUUUCAUUUGAUUUUUAAAGUUUUUUAAGAUAUAAGAUAAUGAUGGCGAUGUUUCUAAAUUAUAAUUUCCCUUUUUUACAAUUUCAGAAUGUGAUUAAAGCAAGUUUUAUUCUACACUAAACAUAAAUAACUGUUAUUUUCAUAUCUGUUGAAUUUAUGUACUCGCCUAGUUUUUAAAUAUUUUGAGCCAGUUCUUUUCGAAAAUGAUAUAUGCUAUUUAAAAUAAUCUCACGCAUAUGUUUAAUUGUAUAAAACAGAAAUAGACGUUUUAUUUUAUUAUAAUGUUAUAACGUUUCUUUUACGUGCCAAACGUGGCGUCUAUUAACGUAGACGUAUGUUUGGUACGUUUACCUCAUUUGCUUUGUUAUAUAUCAAUUGAUGAAGGUAAUAAAGCGAAACAUGUAUAAUUGAUAUUUAAAA